CGGGGGGGGGGGGGGGAGCAGCGCGCCGCGCUCGCCCUCUGGGACGGACGGACGCAGGUUGACGCCAUGGCCAGUUACCCCUACGACUCGAAUUACCAUGGGUCAUCAGGGCCUGCACCGGGUGCUCCAACAGGCAGCUACUAUUCAAGGUCACACCAACCUGGAGGUCAGUAUGGUCCCAUUUCUGGGGGCCAGUUUGGUGGUCCUCCACCAGGCAGUCCUUAUGGAGGCCCACAACCAAGUGCACCUUAUGGAACAGCCGCAGCAGGUGGACAAUAUGGAAACCAAGCACCGGGAGCACCAUAUGGAGCCCAACCACCAGGAGGGCACUUUGGAGCCCUUGGACAGGGAGGCCAAUAUGGACCUUCAGCUCCUGGUGCCCCCUAUGGAAGUCGAGCACCAGGUGGUCCAUAUGGAGGACAGGCAUAUGGAAUUCCACAGCAAGGGGCAUAUGGAUCAGGUGUUCCUUCAGCCGGUGCUACUCCUGCAGGCAUUGAUCCUGAAGCCUACUCCUGGUUCCAGUCAGUAGAUGUGGACCGUAGUGGUUAUAUAACUCUGAAGGAACUAAAGCAAGCACUUGUCAACAGCAACUGGUCAACAUUUAAUGAUGACACCUGCUAUAUGUUGCUGAAUAUGUUUGAUCAAGGCAAAAUCGGUAAGAUAGAUUUGAUCGGCUUUUCGGGCCUGUGGAGCUUUCUGCAGCAGUGGCGUACCAUGUUCCAGCAGUUUGAUCGGGACCGAUCGGGAACCAUAAACCCCCAGGAGCUGCAACAAGCUCUUUCUCAGAUGGGUUACAAUUUAAGCCCGCAGUUCAUCCAGUUCCUUGCAUCGCGAUACGCACAAAAAACAGCUCGAUCCACCAUUCAACUGGACAGUUUCAUCCAGAUUUGUACCCAAUUGCAGAGCACAGCUGAAGCCUUCAAAGAGAAAGAUGCCAAUCGUUCUGGAAAUGCCCGCCUCAGCUAUGAGGAUUUCCUCAUUCUUGCCAUAUCACGCAUGCUAUGAUUUUUCUUAAUGUCAGAAUGCCAGAAGGAGUAGGAGUGUUAAGAUUAAUUUCCAUUCAUCUACUAUGGUCAGCUAAAUGGAUUAAAUAUAGAACUGUAAAAAUACUGUAAUGCAAAGAAAAAAAUAAUUUAAAGCGGCACAACGUUGCUCUUCCUAACAACUAGUUAUGGACCAAGGUACCAAAGUUGUACUUUCACAACAUUGCAAUUUUAAUGGUAUAUGUUGUAAAGUAUUGCACUUGCAUAUUACAGAAACACUCUGCUUGGAGUCUAUUAAAAUGCCAAUUUUAAGUGUCCGUGCAUUAAGAUGAAAUGAAACCUGAUCCAGCUGUAACGCUAUAACCUGGGUAAAGUGAUUUCAUACAAUGUUUGCCAAACUCCAGACUGGUUUGGAAUGGAUGCAAUUCCAGCAAAUCUUGUUUAUACAUUUGUAUAGAAUAAUGUGUAGAUUAUACUUUCUGUGUAAUGAUCCAAUAAUUAAAAUAAUUUCAUUCCA